AUGUCCGUCUCGUGUGCAGCAAAUCUUAUGAAAGACCUGACCACCUUCGGUGACAUGUCCAAUCCCACCAGAAUUACCAUCAAUUCCGCUGUCGGCUCUGCCCAAAAAGUUUCAAUCGUGCAGACUUACUUUAAUGACAUGAGCUGGCUCAUGCUCGAGCAGCACGUCACAGUCCUCGAAAAAUGCCGGGGACAGGCUAAGCUCAAGCUCUGCUACUUUGCCGCUAUCCAUGCGCUUGCCAAUCAGGUAUGGGACCUCCAACAGCAGCUGACUCUUCUCUUUUCAGCCUCCAAGGCCAAAAGACGCCGGAUGGAAUCAUGGUGUAUGAACCAACAACGCGACCUGUACCAAGAUCUGAUAACUAUCCGUAUGUACUGUGAUAGACACGUCGCACACCACGAGAUUCGCCUGUUGCUGGAAUGCGUCAUGAUGGCUCUUCAUGCUCCUAUGGCCCAUAUGCAACGCUUUGCGGGUAAAGAAGGAGAAAUUGAGGCGAGGCGAGUAGCGCCUAUCGUGAGUGAAUGGAAACAAUCAUCCACCGCUCGAGUUGCAAUACGGCACGCGGACCAAGUUCUUAGAAGGGCUCGCCAGUUUCCGCCUACGACCCUGCAGAACCUUUAUGCCGCGGCGAAAUACCAUGCUGCUCUCGUGCUUUGGGCUUAUAGCAUACUUGUCAUGCUAGACGGAGAGGAAAAUGACGACUCACGGGCAUUCUGUACACUAUGGCAUGGUACACCAGGCCUCAGCCAUCCUGCGUACACUGGAGUACCAAGGACUUUCUGUACACUCAUAGAUCCCGCAUUAACGAUGCAGUUGGCGGGCGAUACUCUACGUGGCAACCUGGUCGACGCAUUGGUAGAGGCCUAG